CACAACCCCCAAAAGUGAAAAGCCUCAGCUAGCAACAAAAAAAUAAAACAAAAAUAGUACAAUAGCUUUAUAAAAGAAAAAAGACCAAGACCUCAAUAAUUCCCAAAACAUAUGCUUCUCUUUCUAGCCUCAUCUUCUUCUUCUUCUUCUUCAUAACUUUCUUUAAAGCUGAACUAAGCUUAGCUCCUCAUCACUUUGUCAUAGUAACCCCCCCUCCCCCCCCCCCCAAAGAAAAACCAAACAUGUCUGAUCAGCCUGGUGGAUGCUGCCGAUGUUGUUGCAGUUUCAUAUUCACUCUAGGCCUCACAGCUCUAUUCAUGUGGCUAAGUCUACGUACAGACAACCCCACCUGUUACAUCCAAAAUUUUUACCUCCCAGGCCUAAACAAAACCUUAAACAACACAGCAAACAACACCCUAGUUAUUGAGCUCAGACUAGAGAAUGGCAACAAGGACAAAGGGAUUUACUAUGACGCCAUUAACCUCACUUUCUAUGACUUUCCCAAUAAGUCACAUCUCAUGGGGAACUACACCAUUCCUGGGUUCUACCAAGGGCACAAGAAAAAAGCCACAAGACAACCGCCUGUGGAGCUCAACAAGACACUGCUUUUGCAGGCUACUUAUCCAAAUGGGACUGCAAAUUUUCAUGUGGAUUUGGCCACGGCUGUGAGGUUCAAGAUCAUGGCUUGGAAGACUAAGAGGCACAAGUUGGAUGUUGGGUCUGAUGUGGAAGUCAAUGACCAAGGCAUCAAAACCUACAACAAGAAAAUCAAGCUCCGGUCAGGCGCAUCAGAGCAUAAACGCUAUUGUGCGCAGAUGGGGGCUUUGGUUAGUUUGGUGGUCUUGGUUUUUCUUGACUUUUGAUGAUGACUUUUUUUCCAUAAUUUCAAGUUAUUUGAAUUUUUGGAGGUUGGUUUUGUUGUUUUUAAUUGUGUUAUUUUAGGGUUUUGGAGAAAUGUUGUUGUGAAUUUUUCGGAACACUUUUUGCACAUGGAAUUGUUGAAUUCUUUUGGUUGGAAAUGAAAUUUUGUUACCAUUCUUUGGU